GUAAAAAGCCACAUCAUAAUCACAUUGAACUCUUCUCGUUACCACUCGCUCUUUUUUACUACCUAUUUCUCCGCACUCAUCAUUUGACGCUUGAAUAUUUCUUCUCCACUUGUUCUCUCAUCUUUCCUUCGAUCUUCGUCGAGAAGAGUGCUUCGUUUGUAGCGCACUUUUUAUAUAAAUCAUGGUUUUGUGCACCUUUCAACCGCCCAAGGCGGAGGCGGAGGCGCCGGUGUUCGACGCCGCCGUGCUCAGCCUCCGGGCCGACAUUCCCUCGCAGUUCGUGUGGCCGGAGGAGGAGAAGCCGACGCCGGACUCGCAGGAGGAGCUGGUGGUCCCCCUCAUCGACCUCGGCGGUCUUGUCUCCGGCCAUGCGGCGGUCGUGGCGCGCUCGGUGGCCGCGGCGUGCGAGCAGCAUGGGUUCUUCCAGGUGGUGAACCACGGCAUCGACGCCGCGCUGAUUGAGGAGGCGCAUCGCUGCAUGGAGGCCUUCUUUGGGAUGCCGCUGCUGGAGAAGCAGAGAGCGCAGAGGCGCCCCGGCGAGAGCUGCGGCUACGCCAGCAGUUUCACCGGUCGCUUCGCCAGCAGGCUCCCCUGGAAGGAGACUCUCUCUUUCCGGUUCUCCCCCAGCGGCGACGACAUCGUUCGAAACUAUUUCGCCACCAUUCUGGGCGAGGAAUUCUGCCACUUGGGGGAGGUGUACCAGAAGUACUGCGAGGCAAUGAACGAGCUGUCGUUGAAGAUAAUGGAGGUGCUGGGGAUGAGCCUGGGGGUUGGCCGGCGCUGCUUCCGCGACUUCUUCGAGGGGAACGACUCGAUAAUGCGGCUGAACUACUAUCCGCCGUGCCAGAAGCCGGAGCUCACCCUGGGCACCGGUCCCCACUGCGACCCCACCUCCCUCACCAUCCUUCACCAGGACCACGUCCAGGGCCUCCAGGUCUUCGCCGAUGGCCACUGGCGCACCAUCCGCCCUUCCUCCAACGCCUUCGUCGUCAAUAUCGGCGACACCUUCAUGGCGCUGUCGAACGCACGGUACAAGAGCUGCUUGCAUAGGGCUGUGGUCAACAGUAAGGUCCCGCGGAAAUCGCUGGCUUUCUUCCUCUGCCCCGGCAACGACCGGUUGGUGCGGCCGCCGGCGGAACUGGUUGACCUGGACCACCCGCAGGCGUACCCGGACUUCACCUGGCCCGCGCUGCUCGAGUUCACGCAGAAGCACUACCGAUCCGACAUGAAGACCCUCGACGCAUUUACCGCUUGGAUCAAUCUCCGUAUCGCCGCCACCGGCGCCACCCCGGAGUGAGAUGCAUGUCCUCGUCCAUCCGAUUUUUGCUUCUUAGUACGAAGCUCACAAGCUGCUGAGCUCCCUGUGUCGACGAAAAAUAAAGCUGCAAAAGGAAAUUAAAUGAAUAAUAUUACUACAAAAACAGAGGAACUCGACCAAGGCUUGCAAUAUUUACUGUACUUGGUAAAUCGCCAUUUAAAUUUGACAAUGAAAGAGGAAAAACAAAAAAGAGAUUGUUCAGUUUUGCAAUCAAACAAAACAAGACAGAGGAGACCAACAAAAUGGAAUUCGUUGCGACAGGUACACGGUAGAUUGGAAUGGAGAUUAAGGAGGGAGCCAAAAGAGUUAAGAGACUAAGCUGAUAUAAAUGGAGAGAGGUGGAGAAUAUA